ACUGUAAAUCACGUCUAAAACCCUGCUUUCCUGGUUUUUCAUUUUUCCAUCACCAUCUUCCAUGAUUACACAAGGAAAAAGCCAUUAACAUGAAGAAAUACUACUAUCAACGAAUUUCCCAGUCCCUUUUACACCACCAAUUUCGUUUAUCAGGGUGCCGAAGCCCUAAUUUGAUUGAAUCCCAUCCUCCACAAUGUACCCAUUUGCAUACACUCCGAGGAUUCUGUUCUUCUCCACAACAAUCAAAUUCGAACUCUUCAACACCCUCCACUCGCGUCUCGGAAAUCGUUAACGAGCUGAUGAAUUUAACGUUGCUGGAAUCCGCGGACUUAACAGAGGUCAUGAGGAAGAAAAUGGGCAUGAAUGAGAUGCCGAUAAUGGCGGUGAUGAUGCCCGGGAUGGGGUUGAAGACCGGAGUGAAAGGCGGCGGUAGUGGUGCGGUGAAAGGAGGCGAAGAGAAGGCGGCAGAGAAGACGACGUUUGAUUUGAAACUUGAAGGUGGAUUUGAUGCUGGAUCCAAGAUUAAGAUCAUUAAGGAAGUAAGAACUUUUACUGAUUUGGGUUUAAAGGAGGCUAAAGAAUUGGUGGAGAAAGCUCCUACUUUGUUGAAGAAAGGGGUGCCCAAAGAGGAAGCUGAGAAGAUAAUUGAGAAAAUGAAGGGUAUUGGUGCUAAAGUGGUUAUGGAAUGAGGCUUAUCAAUGGUGCAGAUUUUUCUUCAAAUGUCGGAGAUGAUGGCAAGACUUCCGUACUGAGUUCUUGUUUCCUUUGUAGAACAAGUAUGUAUUCAUGUUUGUUUGCCACCAUGUAAGCUGUUUUAAGUUUGGUUUUUUUUUUUGAAUACACAUAGGAGGAAAGGAACUGUAUCUAUCUUUUUUGAAGAUGGAUUGAAUAGUGGAAGAUGGUUCGUCUUCAUUCUUCUAGAAACUUGUAAUUCUUCCAUCCCUAAAUAAUCGUAACAGAUCAUAGAUGCUGUCAUGUUACAGAUGUUGCAACAAUUUGGCAUCAUCA